AUGUCCAACGAAACAACACCAGUGACCCCGCCCUCGACUGCUUUAUAUCCUACUCUGGUAACACCGCCAGAAUCGGGUAAUUCUAUCGAGGACCCCAUAUUUAUAUCCGAUUCUGAUGGAUCAGAUGCCUCGGAUAUGGAGGCGCUUCAUGGAUCUGUUCCUCAGCUAUCUGAAAACAGUCCAUCGCCCUCCCCUCGGGGUGCGGCCAGAUUGCAACCCCGAAAGCUCCGGCGCCAUAGCCGAGAUGUAUCUCCUUCGGGAGGAGAUGCCAACGUGGAAACGCUGGGUGAAGGCGAGAAUACCAGAGAAUUGAACGUAAAUAACAGCGAUCUGGCGCACCACACACCUCAUAGGCCUCCCAAAUUGCCAAUGGACAGUCCAAAUGGCGGUACUUCUUCGGAAAGCAGUGACACCGGACCAUCUCUCGCAAGUACUCCCUCAGCCUCCAUAGGACCAAUGCCGAUUUGGAAGCUGGAAAUCAAAAUCAAGGAGGUUAUCUUGAAGACCGCCACGGAAACAGAAGGACAAAAGGAAGGGCAUGCCUACAUAUACGCGGAUCCGAGCAAUGAGGCAGGAUAUUUCAAACUGGGAAAAUCUGAAAGUCCGUUGCAGCGUGCAAAGGCGCACCGAGGUAAAUGCAAACAUCCAACUUUCAAAUUGCUGGAUAUCGUACCCCGGGGACUGCCAGUUCCUUGGUUCAAUCGUUUGGAGUCGCUGGCGCACGCUGAACUCGCCAAUAUGAGGUAUUCAUUCGACUGCCCUUGCUUUACGUCCCACCGAGAAUACUUUACUGGAAGCGUGCAGGAGGCCUUAGAAAUCCUCAACUGCUGGUCCAGCUGGCUGCAGUGCAAUCCAUACGAUGCGCAGCGCCAACUGUCCCCUUUCUGGAGGGAUAGACUUCGUCUUCUGGGAGGGAAAGACUUUAGCCAUCCCAGGUGCCCCAGCACUGAAUGUCGCUCCGCCGCGGACAUUGGUUCCAGCUCAUGUCAAGCAUGUCUCAGGCUACGCUUGAAAGCAUGGGCGGACGUGACAGAUUUUGAUCAUUUCGAGUACGAAUGUCGCAUGAGGAUUGGCUGGGGGUUUCUCCGACAAGUCAUAUACUUGAUGUGGCCGCGCUUUGGGAGUCGCAUUUUGAUUCUCAUUGACGGCUGCGAGAAGAUGACACGCCUAGCCGCUUCGUUGUGGGCCCCGACGACUCAUUUGAAUAUGCUUUUGUUGUUGAUGUUUUGGCUCUGGCUCUCGAGUAACGCACCCCGCGAAUCCAUUUUGUACUAUGGCAUACCUUGCUUUCUUGCCUAUUGGAGGAUUACGAGAGAAUUAGGCGACACUCCCAGUGACAGUCAAUUGACAAAAGUGCAAACCAUUUCUCGGACACCAGGCAAGAAGGCCCCUAGGAGAGCUUCGAAUUCACCAGGACUCAAGAUCCUUCCUGACAUAGUCAGUGAAGCAGAGAUGCCAGACGAACAAGAACCGCCCUCCAAAAGGCGCUCAGUGAGCGUUCAUGAACCUAUCAAUGUCUCAAGGAUUACCCGAGGCUAUCAAAGUGCCACUGCUGUCCAUGAAAUGUCUGAACUCCCGAAAGCAGAGCACAACGGUGCCAACCCUUUCUUGACUCCAGACCGAGCGACAAGGACUGUCAGUAAAAGCAGCCCAAGAGCUGGUGCAAAACGACGAAAGAGCGAUGUCCUUUGA